AUGACUCUGAGGAAGAUCAACCUCGAAGUAAAUAUCUCCGAGCUCCAAAAAUGUUGUUCCCAGGUGGCCCGCUUCACAGUUAUUGGGGGGACCACCCUGGAGAGCAUGGUCCGGCGCAUGCUGGCAUACAGCAUGACCAAUGAGCUGGCCUCAGGCCUAAACUGGGCUGGCAAGAAGAACAAGGAUGUGGCCAAACAGAAGCGGCCCUUUAAAGAAAUGGCUCUCUGCAAAUGCAAGUUUGAGCCGUGA